AUGACGGUCGCCGAUCCCAAGGGCAAUCGGUCUGCCAAUGGCAAUCUGAACGGCCGGGCCACCACCAAAAGGAGGACAUCAAAGCAACAACGAGGCCUUUUCCAAUGGGCUUUCAGCUCUUUAGCUAGACUUGCCACAUGGGCUGCUAUAUUCACCAUUCUCUUUCGUUGUCCACCGACGCUUGAGGCCUGUGACGAAACCUCGCCCUUCAUAUGCGGGCCAUAUUUUCGCGUCAAGAACGCAGUAACGCCUCAUGUUCAGCCGUAUUUCGAUCAAUACGCAGCACCUUACGUGGAUGUUGCCCGGCCGUACUACGAUACCUUGAACAGUCACGUCCUGGAACCGACACGCCAAUAUGUCAUCCUGUAUGGAACCCCCUGGGUCAACAAGGGACAAGAAUUCGCCCGCGCACAGUGGGAAUCCAAUGGGCAACCUCAACUCAUGCGACUUCAGGCUGUGGCCAAGGGUCAUUACGACAAGUCGAUAGCUCCGCACCUAGCCAUGGCUGGAGAAAUAGUUGGCCCGUACUACAAUACUGCUCAGCGACAUUCUCAAAAGGUCUACAACGCUUAUGUUCUACCCGGCUAUGAGUUUGCUCGUCCCUAUGCCAUGCGCGGGUACGACGUGGCUGCCGACUUCACAACUACCAAGGCACUACCAGCCACCUACUGGGCUUGGAGCAAGGCAAACGCUUUUGUAGAUACAGCCGUAUGGCCACAAUUGCGAGUUGUCUACGUGGAGAAUGUAGAACCGCAACUUGUUCGGAUUGGAGAACGACUUGCUCGAUAUAAAACAAAGUCAAACUCGACAGCUAAGGUUGUCUCUGAGGAGGUUCCUGUCGAAGGAGCCAGCUCUUCGAUAUCUAUUUCGUCCUCCUUCAGCAAGCCUCCGCCCCAGAGCCCGUCUACUUCGUCCUCCGCCGUCACAAGUACCGAGACUUUCGAACCCUUCGAGACAAAACCAGCCACGGCAGAGCCGGUUCACUACUGGAACCCCGUCGAAGCCCCGAUUAUAGCAGAAAAUGAAGACGAACAGCGCAGAAUUGCACGAGAAAUGGUCACCAAUGACCUUGCGACCUGGCAAAACAAGUUCGCUGCACAAGCCGAGGAAGGCGCUAGCGCCAUGGAGGACCAGGUAGACGAAAUCGCGCGUAGAGUUAUGGAAGAGAACGCCAAGGUGACCGGAAAGGGACUGCUUCAACAGCUCCAGGACACGAUCGCAGCCGAGAUUGCUAGCAUGAGGCAAAAGGUUUCCAAAGUUAUAGAAUCUGGCAGCGCCGAUGCCCAGCAGGAUGCUAUUUCUGCCAUUCGAUCAGCUGGAGUGGCCAUUAAGAAGAAAGCGCAGCUGAUCCGUGGAUGGCGAGAGGAUUAUGAUGCGGAGCUUGAAGAAACUGUGCUUGGCGCGGCUGAUGUUCAUUUCCAGAUUCUCGAUGAAACCCGCAGCCUCGCAUUAUCAAAUAUCGGUAUGAAGUGGGCUUGGACUGAUGGUAUCACUUAUAAAGACUGGCAGAAGUACCAUGAGCUGAAAGGCGCACUUAACGACUGGACUGAUGAAUUGAAACAGCUCAUCGUCACUCACCCAACUCUUCUUGAAGCCCAGGAGCUGUCCCACCAGAUUGAAGAUGACGGCAUGACGAUGGCUGCCGCCGCUGCCAAGGAGUUGGCAAGACUGAAGGAAGUGUCAGGCUGGAAGAUACUGGCAAACGACUUCACUGACAACUUUGACUCCGAGGACAUGCGACUCGCCGCAGAGGCAGCUGAGCAAGCCAAGAUAGAUGCAGCUGCCGCCGCGGCCAAACAGGAGGAGGAGGCGAGGGCGGCCAACGAACAAAGCCAUGGCGAGCCAGUCUCCAAUGACAAUGUCCCACGAGACACUGGUGACCGGCAAGAUGACAAAGAUCCUGCGGAAACUGUUGCCAAGGAACCUACUCCUCAGGGCGAACCCUCAACCCCAGAGCCUCCUGAGGAGCUGACUGUUCUGCCUGCUGAGGAUACCCCAGUCAUCAUCGCGGAUGCUGGUGACAGUUCCCCAGCUGCCGAGCCUGAGGAAACCACCAUCAUUUUGGGUGAGGCUACCAGUGACGCUGAAGCCAUCCCUACGCAGACAUCGGACGCAGCCGAAGAUGAGGUCACGGCCACGGCCACGGCUGACGAGGAGGAGCAAACUACAGCCGUGUUCAAUGACCACAGCACCGCCGUCAACCCGGUCAUGUUUGGAGCAGCUGCACAGUCGGUGUCAGGACAUGGUCCAAUUUUGGAUGACGACUCCGAUUCUGACGCCUUUGCCAGCGUGACGAGUGCCGCUGCCGCAGCGUACUCGAGUGCCGUGGCCCUUGCUGCUGAUCGAUACUCAAGUGCUUUCUCCGUCGUUUCAGCGCAAGUGGAAAGCACGUCUAAACCAGUUCACGAACAACUCUUCUCUUCCGUUUCCGCCGCCUAUGAUGGUGCCGUUUCUGCCGCCAAUCAGAAGUUUAGCGACGCAGUUGCAGCCGCAUCUUCUGGGGUUUAUAAAGCCAGUCCGACACCGACAAAGGCCAGCAACAUUCCUGACUGGAAACGAGUGGAGUCUAUUGCUGCACAGAGAUUAAACGAAGGCAAGCUGUGGGCAGAGAUCCAAUACCAAAGUGUGUUGAUGGCACUGGGCGCUGCAACGCCUACACCAACAUCAUCGCCCGACAAGUACUACGAACAGGCCAAGUAUCACUAUUACGCAGGACUAGGAAUGGCGCAAGAUCGAUACUCGAGUUUCAUGUCGGCGGCGUCGUCGGCGUGGUCAUCGGUGACAGCGACACCUACUCCAACCGACUUUGUUGGGUCUGCGUCUUCAAUGGCCUCGGUCGCCGGGGAGUCGGCGAGGUCUGUAGCAGGUGCUGCCGAUGAUGCUGUCAAAUCGGCCUACUCAGCGGCCAGCGAAGGAGUGAUGUCUGCAGCCCAAGAUGCUGAGGAUGCAAUUGGGAAGGUUGCAGAUUCCGCCGCAGAGCAGGUCGUCAACGUUGCUGGUGUGGUCGCGGACACUUGGGAUGUAGUUGUCUCCCAGCUGAGCAUUGACGUGUACGGCCAGCCUACAGCCAUUGGGUGGUAUGAAGGCGCGACGCAAACCGCCAGUUCUGCCGUGGCUGCUGCCACCGGAGCGGCUGCCGACUCUGCUGCUGCUGCAUCAGACGCGGCAGUGAAACGGUUUGAGGCGGUGAACAAGAUUGUAUCGGAGCUGAUAGUCGGGAAAGAACCCACGUUCAGCGAGAGCGUCAUGUCAAGACUCAGCGCUGUUUAUGCCACGGCAACGUCUAAUGUUGGAAGCAUGGCCAGCGAAGCCAGUGCUGCGGCCGCAUCUGUCGGGGACAAGGUCGGCAGUGCAGCCAGCCAGGCAACCCAGGCCGUCAAAGAAUCAGUUGAGCAAGUACGAGACGAAUUGUAA